AUGCUCAAGGAACUGAACGAAGCAGGGAAGAAAAUAGGACUACGGAUAAACAGAAAGAAGACACAGUUCAUGAAGAGCGCCCACUGCGAGGACGGAGGAGUACAACUUGAAGGCUCCCAAAUUGUGGAAACUCCGUCAUACGUAUACCUCGGACGUUCUAUGAACAUGGAAAACGACUUGAGGAAAGAACUGAAUAGAAGAAUGAGAGCAGCGUGGGCAGCAUUCGCAGCCGUCAGGGAAGCUAAGGACCAACUGACGGACCAUGAUCUUCGUGCCCAUCUGUUCGACUCGACAGUCCUUCCAGCGCUCUGUUACGCAGCGGAGACGUGA